CCCAGGUUCGGUUCGACGAACGUCUUCCUCUCCUAUUUCUCUCUUGAUAGCGCUCCCAAAUGUGCUUCCACUGCGCCUGCGCACGGAGGCGCACGAAGAAGAGCCUUUCCCUGCAGGGCGUGGAGGACCGAAACAGUGCCCCAGCUGGCCGGACCGGGCUAGCGUCAGAGAAGAUGGCUGCAGAGGGGAUUUUUCAGGCCACUGGCUGAAAACAGAGCGCCGUUUGUCAUGUUGAGCGACGAGUAGCCAGCGUGUCAGCCCGGUUGUUCCGUAGGUCGGUUCCGCCCGGAUUAUUCGGAGGGAGGGGAUCGAACAACAUGGGGUCGCAGACUCUCCAGAUCCUGAGGCAGGGGGUCUGGGCUUCAGUCACAGGCGGAUGGUACUACGACCCCGAUCAGAACACGUUCGUCAACGCUUUGCAUCUCUACAUCUGGCUGUUUCUGCUAUGUUUCCCCUUCACGCUGUACAUGGCCCUGCCGCCAACGAUGGUUAUAGUCGGAAUCUACUGCGGCGUGAUUGCCGCCAUAUUCCUGCUGCUAAAGAUCGUAAACUACCGCCUCCACCAUGCCCUGGACGAGGGCGAGGUCGUGGAGCACCAGGCCAAGGAGAACCAGAGCCGCAGAGGGGGAACGCAGGGCGCUAACGACGGCAGCGUCACCCGUCGAGAGGACAGCAACGGCCCGGGGGACCCUGGCGGGGGCAUAGAGAUGGCAGAUUUCAUCCGACAAGAGACUCCGCCGGUGGACUGCAGUUCAAGAAAUUCUUAUAUUGGGAUGGAAUCUAAUCAGAUUGCAUCAGCGCACGGGAGAGCGAUGGGUGUCAAAGGAGACGUGGGAAAGGCUUCGGACGACAUCAGCUUGACUCUCAUCGGGAGCUGCAGUCACGAUCACGACUUGCUGUCGGAAACCAAGAUGUACUGCCUCGUUCCCAGUGACUCCUUUGCCUCGUUGCAGCCUUCCACCUCCUUGUGUCCUUCAGAGCUCUCUCGGGAGGCCGGCGACAUGUGCACCUCUGCUGCUUAUCACGUCAGCCUGUCACACUCGUCUUGUGACACGGAGGUGGCCUCCCACGCGUCCAUGCAGUCUCAGGCCUUCAGGAAGGAGCUCCGUUCUCGGGGUCUGCCUCGGACCUCCAGCUCGUCGGGCUCUGCCUUUCCCGACCCCUGUCUGCCAGACUUUGCUCUGUAUCCUCCACCCCGGAGAGGGGGCCUCGACACAGUGUGCGAGCUGGAGGGGGCAAGACCGCACAGGCCCGCGCUGUGCGACAGAGAGCAGCUAUACCAGCAGGAUCAAGCGGUGCCCUCCACCUCGGGGGAAGAGUGCUGCAAGCACAAAGACUCGCACAAAGUGGCCCGCUCUGCCUCCAGAGAGGCGGGGGAGGGCAGCUCAGGGCUCUACCAGGUUGAGGUGGGUGCUGGUAGGAAGGGCUCGGUCGGGGGCGGAAAGCCUCACGCAGGAGAGCGAAGCGCGGACAGCUUGAGGAGCUUGAGUACCCGCAGCAGCGGCUCCACCGAGAGCUACUGCAGCGGGACAGACCGCGACACCAACAGCACCGUCAGCAGCUUUCACAGUGAACAAACCAGUUCUACACACGUGGAAAGCCUUCUCUCACUUUCGGGGGAUGAGCGCGUGCCCUCACCCGCAGACGGCCGGAGUUCCAGCCUCGCCGGGGUGGUCUCUCGAGGUCUCGGCAACGUUCCCUCUCGGGAGGCCAAUAAAAACCCUCAUGCUAAUGAGCUGACUGCUAAGCAGACUGUGGGCGCCUCCACUUCUUCCGUAACCCAGGAGCAAGCAGAGCCUGGGGAGAGCAUGGAAGAACCUGGCGUCAGGACCAGUGCCGAUGGCUCGACGGGAGUAGCUGCGACUGAGCAGGACAAGGCAAAAGCUGAUGGCCGGCCGAAACCUGAAGCCGGCGUUCAGAGGACUUUGUCUCUGUCAACUGGGCGCCGCGGGCGCCGGCACGGAGGGAAGAAAAGAGCGAGCAGUUUCGAUGCCAGCCGACGCCGGGACUACAUGGCGUUACGUGGAAUGGUUAAACCCUGUAGCGCCGUCUUUACGGGAGGAGGAGAGGACGACUCUAGUGAUCAAAGUGAACUCAGCUGUGCCUCCAGUCUGCAUUCCACCAACCAUCUAAGCACGGACAGCUCGUCCAGCACCACCUCCCGCUCCUGCCACUCACCGGAGGGUCACUUCAAGGCCCUGAAAGCCAAGCAUGCUGCUGCCACUUCCCCCUCCUCCUCCGCGGUCAAAUAUCCAGGAGGGUCUGAGGCGGAGGUGGGACUCAGAGGGAAGCGCCGGGCUUCCCGCCGUACGCCCAGCACUGGCAGCGCCAAGACGCACGCUAGAGUGUUGAGUUUGGACAGUGGCACUGCCGCUUGCCUUAACGACCCCAACCGCUUAGGAGCGCCGCCUGGGCCCCGGCCCCUCACCACCUCCAAGUCGGAUUUGGAAGCCAAAGAAGGGGAAGUCCUGGACGCUGCGUCUCUGCUCGGUCGGGCCUCCCAGCUGGAAUCAGUGACCCGCUCCAGAAACAGCCUGCCCAACCAGACGGCUUUCACUGAACCUCAGGAUGCAACUGCAGCUUCACUUCGAGCUCCAGGAAGUGAGGAGACGGUCAUAUUCCGUCGGGAGCGCAGCACGUUUCGUCGGCAGGCCGUGAGGCGGCGGCACAACGCAGGAAGUAACCCCACCCCUCCCACCUCGCUCAUUGGAUCUCCUCUCAGUCUUCAAGAGGCUCUCAGCCAGGCCGCCCAGCCUUCUUCCUCUCUGGUGAAAACUCAGCCAUCCAGAACCCCUUCCCAGGUGACAGUGCUGAGCGCGAGUGUGUCCCUGCUGGCCAGGAAUGGAAGCGCGCACCUGGAGGGUUCUCAGGACCAGGCCUCGACUGUGGGCGCCACCAGCCUGCAGGACGACUUUGGAAAGCUCGCUCCCUCCCUGUAUGAGGCUGGCGGAUGCGACAUGUCGCUGGUCAAUUUUGAACCCGCAACCAGACGAGCCUCCAACAACCUGUGGGACACCGACUCCCACCUCUCCAGUUCUACCUCAGUUCGCUUCUACCCUCACGACCUGUUCUCCCUCCAUCAGAUCCGUCUGAACCGCCUGCUGACCAUGGACCCGGAGCUGCUGGAGCAGCAGGACGGAGACCUGAGCCCGGAGCUGCAGGACGCGCCGGUGGGACAGGACAGCGCCACGGCCUCCGCUCCCGCCGGCAAGGCCAAGCAGUACUACCGCCUCUGGCUCCUCCCGUACCUGUGGGUCGGCCUGCAUUUCGACCGGCUCACGCUGCUGGCGCUGUUCGACAGGAACCGCGAGGUUCUGGAGAACGUCCUGGCCGUGGUGCUGGCCGUCCUGGUGGCCUUCCUGGGCUCCGUGCUCCUCGUCCACGGCUUCUUCACCGACAUCUGCGUCUUUCAGUUCUGCCUCGUCAUCGCCAGUUGCCAGUAUUCCCUGCUGAAGAGCGUUCAGCCAGACUCCUCCUCGCCUCGACACGGUCACAAUCGCAUCAUAGCAUACAGCCGGCCGGUCUACUUCUGCCUGUGCUGCGGCCUCAUUUGGCUGCUGCACUACGGCAGCCUGAGGAUCACCUCGUCCCGCUUCACCCUGUACGGAGUGGCGCUCACCAGCUCGCUGCUGCUGGCGUCGGCCAGAGACCUCGUCAUUGUCUUCACUCUGUGUUUCCCCGUCGUGUUCUUCAUGGGACUGCUGCCACAAGUCAACACGUUCGUCAUGUACCUCUUCGAGCAGCUGGACGUCCAUGUGUUCGGGGGCAACGCCUGCACGAGUCUCCUGUCGGCGCUGUACAGCACGCUGCGCAGCGUCGUCACCGUCGCCUUGCUCUACGGCUUCUGCUACGGAGCGCUCAAGGAGACCUGGGAGCCGCACCACAUCCCCGUGUUGUUCUCUGUGUUCUGCGGCCUCCUGGUGGCAGUGUCGUACCACCUGAGCCGGCAAAGCAGCGACCCCUCUGUCCUCAUCUCACUGAUACAGUCCAAGAUUUUGCCAAAUCUAAAAGACAAGAACCCAGAGGACCCCCUGUCUGAGGUGCAGGACCCUCUGCCGGACAAGCUGAGGGCCUCGGUGAAUGAGCGCCUGCAGUCGGACCUGAUUGUCUGUGUGGUCAUUGCUGUCCUUUACUUUGCCAUACAUGUCAGCACAGUGUUCAUAGCACUCCAGCCCUUCCUCAGUUACGUCCUGUACGCUCUGCUGGGGACGGUGGGACUCCUCACCCACUACCUGCUCCCACAAGUUCGCAAGCAGCUGCCCUGGUACUGCUUCUCUCACCCGCUGCUCAAAACAAAGGAGUACUACCAGUUUGAAGUCAGAGAUGCGGCUCACGUCAUGUGGUUUGAAAAGCUCCAUGUGUGGCUGCUGUUUGUCGAGAAGAACGUCCUUUACCCGCUCGUCAUCCUCAACGAGCUGAGUGGCAGCGCCAGGGAACUCGCCAGUCCAAAGAAACUUGACACAGAGGUCGGCGCUCUGAUGAUCACAGUGGCCGGCCUGAAGCUGCUCCGCUCCAGCUACAGCAGCCCCACCUACCAGUACAUCACCAUCCUCUUCACCGUCCUGUUUUUCACCUUCGACUACCGCCAUCUGUCCGAGACGCUGCUGCUGGACCUCUUCCUCAUGUCCAUUGUUUUCAGCAAGUUGUGGGAGCUUUUUUACAAGCUGCACUUUGUUUACACCUAUAUCGCUCCGUGGCAAAUCACCUGGGGCUCAGCCUUCCACGCCUUCGCUCAGCCCUUCGCCGUGCCUCAUUCCGCCAUGCUGUUUGUCCAGGCUGUGGUGUCCGCGGUCUUCUCCACUCCCCUCAACCCUUUCCUCGGCAGCGCCAUCUUCAUCACCUCCUAUGUUCGGCCUGUGAAGUUCUGGGAGCGAGACUACAACACCAAGAGAGUCGAUCACUCGAACACCCGGCUGGCCUCUCAGCUCGACAGAAAUCCGGGAUCGGACGACAACAACUUGAACUCGAUCUUCUACGAGCAUCUCACUCGCUCCCUGCAGCACAGUCUGUGUGGAGACCUCCUGCUGGGCCGCUGGGGGAACUUCAGCACCGGGGAUUGUUUCAUCCUGGCGUCCGACUACCUGAACGCCUUGGUGCACCUCAUCGAGAUCGGCAACGGCCUGGUCACCUUCCAGCUCCGGGGCCUGGAGUUCAGAGGUACUUACUGCCAGCAGAGGGAAGUGGAGGCCAUCACCGAGGGAGUGGAGGAAGACGAGGGCUGCUGCUGCUGCGAGCCGGGCCACCUCCCUCACAUCCUGUCCUUCAACGCUGCCUUCGGUCAGCGCUGGCUGGCCUGGGAGGUUCUGGUCACCAAAUAUGUUCUGGAGGGCUACAGCAUCACCGACAACAGCGCCGCCUCCAUGCUGCAGGUGUUCGACCUGCGGCGCAUCCUCACCACUUACUAUGUUAAGGGUAUCAUCUACUAUGUGAUUGCUUCACCCAAGCUGGAGGAAUGGCUGUCUAAUGAGACCAUGAAAGAGGGCCUGCGAGGAUGUGGCGAGAGGAACUACGUGGACCUGGAUCCCACCUUUAAUCCAAACAUCGACGAGGACUACGACCACCGGCUGGCGGGCAUCUCCAGAGACAGUUUCUGUGGCGUCUACCUGGGAUGGAUCCAGUACUGUAACUCUCAAAGGGCUAAGCCGCUCAACGGUGACAAAGACUCGCCUCUCGUGCUGCUCUGCUUCGGCCUGUGCGUCCUGGGAAGGAGAGCGCUGGGAACGGCAGCGCAUCACAUGUCCAGCAAUCUGGAGUCUUUCCUUUAUGGACUGCAUGCAUUAUUUAAAGGAGACUUCCGCAUCUCUUCCGUGCGAGACGAGUGGAUCUUCGCAGACAUGGAGCUGCUCAGGAAAGUUGUGGUGCCUGGAAUCCGAAUGUCACUUAAAUUACACCAGGACCACUUCACUUCCCCCGACGAGUACGACGAGCCGGCUAUUCUCUACGAGGCCAUCUCGUCGCACCAGCAGAACCUGGUCAUCGCUCACGAGGGCGACCCGGCCUGGAGGAGUGCCGUGCUGUCCAACGCCCCGUCGCUCCUCGCCCUGCGCCACGUGCUGGACGAAGGCACCAACGAGUACAAGAUCAUCAUGCUCAAUCGCCGGUUCCUCAGCUUCCGCGUCAUCAAGGUGAACAAGGAAUGCGUCCGAGGCCUCUGGGCCGGGCAGCAGCAGGAGCUGGUGUUCCUGAGAAACAGAAAUCCUGAGCGUGGGAGCAUCCAGAACGCCAAGCAGGCCCUGCGGAACAUGAUCAACUCGUCCUGCGACCAGCCCAUCGGGUAUCCCAUCUACGUGUCUCCGCUGACCACCUCCUACUGCAACACACACCCGCAGCUCGGACACAUCCUGGGAGGGCCCAUCAGCAUCGCCAACAUCCGCAACUUUGUCGUCAGCACCUGGCACAGGUUCCGGGACGCUUAUGGAAACCCACUUCCACAUCAGCACAACGUUACUGAUGUGCUAGUUGUGUGUGUGUGUGUGUGUGUGUGUGUGUGUGUGUGUGUGUGUGUGUGUGUGUUAAAUAUGUUGGGUAAAAAUGACACCAAAAGCCUUUUUCAUUGCAGGUUAAGGAAAGGUUGUGGUGCCGGCUGUAACAGUGGAGGGAAUAUCGAGGAUUCGGACGCAGGGGGGUUGUCGUGCGGCAGCGGGAAUGGGACGGGAGGAGAUUCUCACCAGAGCUCGGUGUCACACGGUGGAACCACCGGACCCGCUCCCCCUCACUCUUACCAGCCCCAUUCUCUAGGCACCAGCCAGAGCUCCCAGUCGGUUCAGUCCGGUCUGGUUCGUCAGUCGCCGGCCCGCGCCUCCAUGGCCAGCCAGUCCUCGUCCUACCGCUACAGCAGCAGCCGUCAUUCGUCGCUGCGCACCUCCGCCACGGGCCUGGAGCCCUGCCGCCGUUCCUCCACCAGCCAGCUGUCCCUGCGCACGCUGCCCACCUCCCUGCAGCUGCGGCUGGGCUCCACGUCCGACCCCGCCGGCCCGUCCUCCUCCCUCUCCAGCCACAGCAUCCCGCCCUGCAAGCGUCACACCCUGGUGGGCCUGCUGGGAAACGACGGUGUGUGCAGCGCCGUGACGGACCCACUCAGCCAGCUCCACAACCACCACCUCUACCCGCAGCAGCACAACCCCACCGUCUCCACAGUACGAAGAGACGACAUCUCGUACAGAGUCCAGAUCGUGGACGUGACUCAGGUGUUGGAGAACAUCAACCUGCCGAAGCGGAAGGAGCUGCUGUGGCCCGACGAGGCGAUGAGACUGAGGGCAGGACGGACCUGCUGGAGGGACUGGAGCCCCGUCGAGGGCAUGGAAGGUCAUGUGAUUCACCGGUGGUUGCCUUGUAGCCGAGACCCAGCCAGUCGCUCCCACAUCAACAAGACCAUCCUGCUGGUACAGGUGGAAGAUAAGCUAGUGCCCAUCAUUGAUACUGGGGUCAUCGAGUUGGGUGCCGAGGUUUGAGACUAUUCAGCCAAGCACACGCAGCCGCACGCAAUGACCAGGUUGCUUGUGUGGCGACACCCAGGCCUCCUCCCACCCUACACCCUCCACCCUCCACCGCCCCCUGGCUUUUCAGCAGGAUGCCAGAUCCUGCAGACAAUGUGGAAAUGGGAGCUUCCCCCCUCGCUCCCGUUCCUCAGCGCCGAGGGGGAAAGGAAGCCAGGGAAACGUGCAAACGCGGGCAGAGUCUCCAUUCGUCGUACACGCUUUGCUGCAUCCACAGUAUCUGCCUUGCGUCGCAUCUCAGAAAUGCUGCAUGACGGUAAACAACGCUUACAUUAAGUUAUUCUUUACUGCUGGUGAUUUCAUUUCUAUGCACCGCAUCUAUGGUUUUCUUAGAUUUUUUUUAUUAUUAUUAUUACAAAGCGUAAGACCAGAGGAGUUGGGUUUUUUUUGCCAAAUACUUCUGUUUAUGAUUUGCUAUGGUUUCAUACAAGUUAAAGCUUUCUCUCACUUUAUUAUUAUUAUUUUUUUGGGCUGCCAAGACUGCAGAGGAAGUUAUGCAGAACGGAGACAAGUGGGUCCCCAAGCAACUCUGCUUGAUUGUUGUCAUUCCUUUUUGUGGAUUAGUUAGAUUUCUUUUUUUUUUUUUUUGCAAGAUUACCCUGCGCAAAGAAUUAAACAACUUGCACUACUUUUUCUUUUUUUUCUUUCUUUUUUUACAGUGAUGCACUACAAUCUUUAGAUCACGUUUUAUUUAUUACAGACUCUGAAUGACCAUGGUUACCGAUGCCUUGGGGAAUGACGAAAUGCAAUCAUUAUUCUGUUUUCGGACAUUUUUGUUUCGAUUUUUUUCAGUUUGAUAAACUUGAAAAUAACUUUUUACUGUAUAUGAAUUUACCUAUACAUAUAUAUAUUUACACAAAUAUAUAUAUAUAUAUAAUGUCUAUAUCUAAAAGAUUUUGUUUUCGAUAUUUAUUACUGUGAACAUAGUAUUUUCUUUUUUUCCUUUUGGGACAAAGCUUAAUGUAUUAAGGACCAUCAGUUGAAAACAAGAUGCCGCUUUUUUUCGAUGGACUGUUUCACUAUUUAACUUGAUUCUUUUCUAUAUGGAGAAAUAAAAAGUUUGAUUUAUUGUUCUCUUUA